CAGGUUUCAGCAAGAGCACCUGUUCUUCGUGUCAAAAGGAACUUUUGCUGACUCGUUCUUCGUCCACGAUGGAAUUCAAUUGUUCAAGUUGGAGGACGAUGCUCAAUUUGAUUUUGUAUCUGCUGAAGUUCAGUUGGCUCCAUCGACUCAUCACAUUGGUUCUCAAGUCAGAGGGAGUUCCAUGGAAGAAGUACUGACUUCAGAUGAGAAGGACUUACUUUCAAAGGCAAUCAACAAUUUGCCCAAGAGCCCGAAGAGCAAGUCAGACAGGGAUCUAGAGAGAUCGGCUGAAUCUGGAUCGAAAACUCGCGAUUCACGUUUGCGCCGUCGUCAUGAGGUAGAAGACGACGAUGUCGUUGAAGAGAAGAAGUCUCACCGCCGUGGAACGUCGAAGUGUCGCAGUCAAGACCUGGAAUACGACUACGAGGACGAGGAUCGUGAGGAGAUGAAGUCCCGGCCAACACGUCGUCACAACAACAACGCUAGAGGUCGCUCAUCCCUAAAUCACCGUGACGAAGAUGAAUCGGACUAUGAGAAUGAGGAUUAUGAAGAGGAGGAAAAUAAGUCUCGUAAAGCCAACCGUCGCAGUCGCACCGAUGAUGAUGACAAUCUCGAUGAUGGAGAUAACUUCAAACCCCGCAGAAAACCUCUCCAGGAUACUCAGGAAGAGGAUAACCGGCCAAAACGAGAAGUAUUGGAUCUGCCCCCACUUACGUGCCCAGACUGUCCUGAUGGGAUCGAAACACUAGGCUCAGAUCUGGACUUUGCUUUUUCGACUAUCUACUCAUGGACCAGAAGAGCCUGCUCACAAAACGAAGCAACAAAACAGACAUGCUUCGCAUUCUUGAAACUUUUGAAACAAGUUGGUGACAUCAUCAUUGAAGGCUUUUUUGAAAUCCGGAAUUGGCAGAAGCUAGCUUGCUCACACGUGUUCAACAUUUGCAAUGACGAAACUACGAAUGGAAGAAGGUUGCCAACCUCAGUCUGGAGCUGUUCCUCGUGUAGUCGCGUGUUCGAAUUAAGUGAAAAGGAGUUGUCGAAGUUUAUCCAGGAAUUCAACAAGGUUCUCCCCAUGUCCUUUGCGCCAAGAAUGACGAUCACUGCUUCAAAAAAAUUCAAAAUACGAUCCUAGUCACAGAAGCGAUCGGGAAAAUUUUCAACAGAGAAAACACAGCUCAUUCGAUUUGCUCUGACGUCAUGAAGUGUGAAGGCAGUUUUGUUUGAAAAUGGUCGAUGCUUUCGUGAAAUAUCCAUGCUAUCAACAUCAUUGCUCUAAAUAUUUGUGAUUGAAUUGAAA